UCACUGUGCCAUAACAAGUGCGCAAGACAGUGACAGAAAAUAUAAAUCGAUACAAGUAAUUCGCCAGUGAUUUGCCGUCUAUUUAAUCUAUGAGAUUGAAAGAUCCAGCCAAAUUAAUUGGAUUGUGAUAAGCGAUAAUUGAUAAUAAAAUUGCUCUGUGCUAAAAAAAAUACGCAGCGAACAAUACCGAGGCAAUACAAUGUCUGAAGUGCGUCAGCGAAAAAAGGUUGCUAAAAAAGAAUCUUCCACAGAAGAUGAAUUUGAGUAUGAAGACACAAUGACAAAGCCCCAUGCAGUUCCAAUUGUUGUCGCCAAUCAGGAUCACUCAUUUCAAUUAGAUGAAGAGGCAUUAAAGAAGGUGUUACUGAGAGACGAGUUGAAGGAUAGGUAUGUUGUUGUGGUAUCUGUAGCUGGAGCAUUUCGACAUGGGAAGUCUUUUCUGCUAGACUUUUUCCUUAGGUAUAUGAAUGCAAAAAUCUUAAAACAAAACACCUCAGAAUGGAUAGGUGCAGAAGAAGCACCAUUGGAGGGCUUUUCAUGGAAAGGUGGUUCUGAAAGAGAUACAACUGGAAUUUUAAUGUGGUCAGAGGUAUUCACUGCUGAGCUAAACACAGGAGAAAAGGUAGCUGUAAUACUACUGGAUACACAAGGAACAUGGGACAGCAAAAGUACAGUAAAGGAGUGUGCGACAAUAUUUGCACUAAGUACAAUGUUGAGUUCUGUCCAAAUUUACAACUUGUCCAGUAAUAUUCAAGAGGAUGAUUUACAGCACUUACAACUUUUCACAGAAUAUGGUAGACUAGCACUUGCCGAUUCUGGUACUACCCCUUUCCAAAGGCUCCAGUUUUUGGUAAGAGACUGGAGGUUCCCCUAUGAAGCACCAUAUGGGGCAGUUGGUGGGCAGCAAAUUCUUGAGAAACGGUUGGAGAUCAAUGAACAUCAGCAUUCAGAGUUGCAGUCUCUGAGGAAGCACAUCAGAUCUUGUUUCACAGAGAUAGCCUGUUUUUUGAUGCCUCAUCCUGGAAUAAAGGUUGCUACAAGUCCCACCUUUGAUGGGCGAUUAGGGGAAAUCGAUUCCGAAUUCAAAGAUAAUCUGAAAAUAUUGGUGCCAAUGUUGCUAGCUCCAGAAAACUUAGUACUCAAGAAAAUCAAUGGAGAGAAAGUUAAAGUCAGAGAUUUUGUACAAUAUUGUAAUUCCUACAUGAAAAUUUAUGAGGGAAAUGAAUUACCAGAACCCAAAUCUAUGCUUGUAGCUACAGCAGAGGCCAAUAACUUAGCAGCAGUUGCUGAUGCAAAAGAAUCAUAUAUUACUCUGAUGGAGGAGGUAUGUGGAGGUACUAAACCUUACCUUAAUACCGAAACGAUGGAAGUGGAACAUCGGCGUGUGAGGGAUAAGGCGAUAUUCCAGUUUGACAGUAAGAAAAAGAUGGGAGGCGAGGAGUUCAGUAGAAUCUACAAAGAACAGCUAGAAAAGGACAUUGAGGAAUCCUUUAUUCAGUUCAAGGCGCACAAUGAAAGCAAAAACAUUUUCAAAUCGGCGCGUACACCAGCAGUUUUCUUUGCAGUGGCUGUUAUAUUUUAUAUAGCAUCCGGGAUUUUCGGAUUGGUAGGCAUAUAUUCCUUGGCGAACAUCUGCAACCUUGGAAUGGCUGUAGCUUUCAUAACAUUGGGCACAUGGUCGUAUGUCAGGUAUAGUGGUGAAAUGAGAGAAGUUGGAUCAUACAUCGACGAAACAGCAAACUUCAUCUGGGAAAAUUUUAUGCAGACACUAAUCCAAGGAUACGUAGAAAACGGUAUGCAGCAAGUGGCUGCAGGAGUAGCUGAAAGGACUCUUCGCAAUGCUACACAGGUGGCAGUAAACGGUGGUGGUAAGAAGAACGGGUGAUAUACCAUCGAGCCGCCCCAAAUCGUCCAUCGCAUUACGCUCAUAGGCCCCCAUUUGCUACAGUUAUAUUUAUAUUAUGUACAAGCAUACAUCUGAUGUCUCUAAAUUGCAACAAUUGUAGACGUCUAAGUUGGGAUUGUUAUCUCUUGCCGACUCUCUUUUAUCAUUAAGAUGUCAUUAUUCAGAUUGUAUAUAUAAUUGUAUCAUUUCUUUACUUUAUUAUUGUAUUGUUAUUAAAUGUUAUACUAUUUUUAUGUGAUAUCUUGGCAAUGUUGGUAACACAAUAGAGCAAGGGUUUUUAUUAUUUAUUUCUUAUUAAAAAAAUCUUUUUAAACGUACUUGUUGUCGAACAUGACAGCUUGGAUAUUUUGACAUAGGGUUUAAUGGUAUUAGGUAAUAUAUUGCUACAUCACGAUAAAUAUGCAAGUAUUUGUAACCUCGUUAUGUGACUUUCAUUCUGUGAUUUGUACUGAUUGUGGACAUUACCUCUUUUUUCCUCAGUGUAACGCAAGCGGUCAGAUCGGGCCAUGCAGCAGGAGCACAAACGCAUAUAUUGGGGGGUCACUCUCAAAGAAGAUAUUUUUUGAGAGCUACUUACUAAAGCAACUUAAAGCAUUUGGGCAAAGGAUCACAUAUGCUCUGCCCCCAAAAUCUCGGCGCCCUGUCAACAGAAUUGAUAGCUGAUAAAUCCUAUGUCAAAAAUAUGAAAUUGGUAACAUAUACAAAAAAUGCUUUUUUGAGCUGUGCAAUGUUUUCAAACAUAUUCAAGGAUUGUAGCUGGAUUGAAAUUGUGCCAAUAUAUGACUUUUAUUGAUUUUUAAAACUCAACAUGACCCUUUCAAAUGCAUUUUUCUACCCAAUUUUACUAUGUCCAACAGGUAAUAAUUAUUACAUUUUACAUGAUAAUCAAAACGGACAUUUAUGAAAUUAAAUUCUAGACUUAUUGCGUUCACAUAAUGUGUGUCCAAUCUCCUAGUAUCAAAUAAAUCACAGUAACAAUAAAACUAGCAUAAAACAAAAAAACAUACACGGCUGUAGCGCUUUAUAAAUUUUAAUGAACAUUUUGAUUAAAAAAGUCAAUAGGAUUGCGAUUUAAAGCACAUUUCUUCCAAUGUAUUUACAUUCUAGGUGGCAGUAAACGGUGGUGGUAAGAAGAACGGGUGAUAUACCAUCGAGCCGCCCCAAAUCGUCCAUCGCAUUACGCUCAUAGGCCCCCAUUUGCUACAGUUAUAUUUAUAUUAUGUACAAGCAUACAUCUGAUGUCUCUAAAUUGCAACAAUUGUAGACGUCUAAGUUGGGAUUGUUAUCUCUUGCCGACUCUCUUUUAUCAUUAAGAUGUCAUUAUUCAGAUUGUAUAUAUAUAAUUGUAUCAUUUCUUUACUUUAUUAUUGUAUUGUUAUUAAAUGUUAUACUAUUUUUAUGUGAUAUCUUGGCAAUGUUGGUAACACAAUAGAGCAAGGGUUUUUAUUAUUUAUUUCUUAUUAAAAAAAUCUUUUUAAACGUACUUGUUGUCGAACAUGACAGCUUGAUAUUUUGACAUAGGGUUUAAUGGUAUUAGGUAAUAUAUUGCUACAUCACGAUAAAUAUGCAAGUAUUUGUAACCUCGUUAUGUGACUUUCAUUCUGUGAUUUGUACUGAUUGUGGACAUUACCUCUUUUUUCCUCAGUGUAACGCAAGCGGUCAGAUCGGGCCAUGCAGCAGGAGCACAAACGCAUAUAUUGGGGGGUCACUCUCAAAGAAGAUAUUUUUUGAGAGCUACUUACUAAAGCAACUUAAAGCAUUUGGGCAAAGGAUCACAUAUGCUCUGCCCCCAAAAUCUCGGCGCCCUGUCAACAGAAUUGAUAGCUGAUAAAUCCUAUGUCAAAAAUAUGAAAUUGGUAACAUAUACAAAAAAUGCUUUUUUGAGCUGUGCAAUGUUUUCAAACAUAUUCAAGGAUUGUAGCUGGAUUGAAAUUGUGCCAAUAUAUGACUUUUAUUGAUUUUUAAAACUCAACAUGACCCUUUCAAAUGCAUUUUUCUACCCAAUUUUACUAUGUCCAACAGGUAAUAAUUAUUACAUUUUACAUGAUAAUCAAAACGGACAUUUAUGAAAUUAAAUUCUAGACUUAUUGCGUUCACAUAAUGUGUGUCCAAUCUCCUAGUAUCAAAUAAAUCACAGUAACAAUAAAACUAGCAUAAAACAAAAAAACAUACACGGCUGUAGCGCUUUAUAAAUUUUAAUGAACAUUUUGAUUAAAAAAGUCAAUAGGAUUGCGAUUUAAAGCACAUUUCUUCCAAUGUAUUUACAUUCUAGGUGGCAGUAAACGGUGGUGGUAAGAAGAACGGGUGAUAUACCAUCGAGCCGCCCCAAAUCGUCCAUCGCAUUACGCUCAUAGGCCCCCAUUUGCUACAGUUAUAUUUAUAUUAUGUACAAGCAUACAUCUGAUGUCUCUAAAUUGCAACAAUUGUAGACGUCUAAGUUGGGAUUGUUAUCUCUUGCCGACUCUCUUUUAUCAUUAAGAUGUCAUUAUUCAGAUUGUAUAUAUUAAUUGUAUCAUUUCUUUACUUUAUUAUUGUAUUGUUAUUAAAUGUUAUACUAUUUUUAUGUGAUAUCUUGGCAAUGUUGGUAACACAAUAGAGCAAGGGUUUUUAUUAUUUAUUUCUUAUUAAAAAAAUCUUUUUAAACGUACUUGUUGUCGAACAUGACAGCUUGGAUAUUUUGACAUAGGGUUUAAUGGUAUUAGGUAAUAUAUUGCUACAUCACGAUAAAUAUGCAAGUAUUUGUAACCUCGUUAUGUGACUUUCAUUCUGUGAUUUGUACUGAUUGUGGACAUUACCUCUUUUUUCCUCCUAGUGUAACGCAAGCGGUCAGAUCGGGCCAUGCAGCAGGAGCACAAACGCAUAUAUUGGGGGGUCACUCUCAAAGAAGAUAUUUUUUGAGAGCUACUUACUAAAGCAACUUAAAGCAUUUGGGCAAAGGAUCACAUAUGCUCUGCCCCCAAAAUCUCGGCGCCCUGUCAACAGAAUUGAUAGCUGAUAAAUCCUAUGUCAAAAAUAUGAAAUUGGUAACAUAUACAAAAAAUGCUUUUUUGAGCUGUGCAAUGUUUUCAAACAUAUUCAAGGAUUGUAGCUGGAUUGAAAUUGUGCCAAUAUAUGACUUUUAUUGAUUUUUAAAACUCAACAUGACCCUUUCAAAUGCAUUUUCUACCCAAUUUUACUAUGUCCAACAGGUAAUAAUUAUUACAUUUUACAUGAUAAUCAAAACGGACAUUUAUGAAAUUAAAUUCUAGACUUAUUGCGUUCACAUAAUGUGUGUCCAAUCUCCUAGUAUCAAAUAAAUCACAGUAACAAUAAAACUAGCAUAAAACAAAAAAACAUACACGGCUGUAGCGCUUUAUAAAUUUUAAUGAACAUUUUGAUUAAAAAAGUCAAUAGGAUUGCGAUUUAAAGCACAUUUCUUCCAAUGUAUUUACAUUCUAGGUGGCAGUAAACGGUGGUGGUAAGAAGAACGGGUGAUAUACCAUCGAGCCGCCCCAAAUCGUCCAUCGCAUUACGCUCAUAGGCCCCCAUUUGCUACAGUUAUAUUUAUAUUAUGUACAAGCAUACAUCUGAUGUCUCUAAAUUGCAACAAUUGUAGACGUCUAAGUUGGGAUUGUUAUCUCUUGCCGACUCUCUUUUAUCAUUAAGAUGUCAUUAUUCAGAUUGUAUAUAUAUAAUUGUAUCAUUUCUUUACUUUAUUAUUGUAUUGUUAUUAAAUGUUAUACUAUUUUUAUGUGAUAUCUUGGCAAUGUUGGUAACACAAUAGAGCAAGGGUUUUUAUUAUUUAUUUCUUAUUAAAAAAAUCUUUUUAAACGUACUUGUUGUCGAACAUGACAGCUUGGAUAUUUUGACAUAGGGUUUAAUGGUAUUAGGUAAUAUAUUGCUACAUCACGAUAAAUAUGCAAGUAUUUGUAACCUCGUUAUGUGACUUUCAUUCUGUGAUUUGUACUGAUUGUGGACAUUACCUCUUUUUUCCUCAGUGUAACGCAAGCGGUCAGAUCGGGCCAUGCAGCAGGAGCACAAACGCAUAUAUUGGGGGGUCACUCUCAAAGAAGAUAUUUUUUGAGAGCUACUUACUAAAGCAACUUAAAGCAUUUGGGCAAAGGAUCACAUAUGCUCUGCCCCCAAAAUCUCGGCGCCCUGUCAACAGAAUUGAUAGCUGAUAAAUCCUAUGUCAAAAAUAUGAAAUUGGUAACAUAUACAAAAAAUGCUUUUUUGAGCUGUGCAAUGUUUUCAAACAUAUUCAAGGAUUGUAGCUGGAUUGAAAUUGUGCCAAUAUAUGACUUUUAUUGAUUUUUAAAACUCAACAUGACCCUUUCAAAUGCAUUUUUCUACCCAAUUUUACUAUGUCCAACAGGUAAUAAUUAUUACAUUUUACAUGAUAAUCAAAACGGACAUUUAUGAAAUUAAAUUCUAGACUUAUUGCGUUCACAUAAUGUGUGUCCAAUCUCCUAGUAUCAAAUAAAUCACAGUAACAAUAAAACUAGCAUAAAACAAAAAAACAUACACGGCUGUAGCGCUUUAUAAAUUUUAAUGAACAUUUUGAUUAAAAAAGUCAAUAGGAUUGCGAUUUAAAGCACAUUUCUUCCAAUGUAUUUACAUUCUAGGUAAGUUUUCUUGGAAGUUUUUUCUAUUAAAAUAUCUAGGUGGUUCAAAAGUCAUGCGGAAAUGGUUAAACACUUAUACCUUUAGAGAGUUGUAGUAUUUCUAAUCCUAAUUGAAAUAGAUAAAAAACCAGUGCCUUAAGAAAAAUAAUAUUGUAUAAAUAGAUGGUAAGGUUUCUUCGGGUUUUUAUCAUUACUGUUCUAGAACUAUCAGGAGCCUGCGCAGAAAAAACCGACGUGUUCGGGUUUCUGUUGGAUUACUAUCGGACCGUUUUAGAACUGAAAUUUUGUGUUCGAUUUAUAUCCUGGUUCAGUUCUAGGAUGGCUCGAGAAUGGUUCCAGCAGUUCUUGCUUUACUGUCGGGGUCAUUAUUGAACAGAUUUUUCACUCAUGCGUAUAUAUUAUUUGACGUAUUCUGCUUUAAAUGCUGUUUACUUUUUGCGGUUCGAUGAGUGUUUUUUAUAUAAAAUUAAAAGAAAAGUGGACAAAUGGAUUCAAUUCAGAUCAUUUUUGAUCCUGAUUCGUCAUGGUCGUCUGACAGUGAUGAUGAACUUGAAGCAGUUACUCCUAACUUAUUGUGGUUAUAGUUACUGACAAUUAUUGUUCUCUUCGCACAGUUAUCUUCUUUGUUGCCGUAGUCCUGGAUUCAGGCUGUUCGGGUUUUGGAAAAAUUCUGAUAGUUCACGGACAGUUCCAGAACCGUUCUGUGACAGUACUAAAUUUAGAACUCGUAAAUAGCUGGUAUGUUAGAGCAAUAAAAAACCGCUGGAAUCGUACCUCGUAUGAUUUAUACAAGAGACUAAAAUGAACCAAUUGCAUCAGGACCGUGUACCAAUAAAUCACGUUAUUAACAGUAAAUUAAGUUAUUAACGCUAAACAUACCAUUCAUCAGUCAAAAUACUGGUUAUGAAAUUUUGCAUUGAAAAUAAGCAUUUUAUCUUACCGCUUUUGCACAUUUCACUUCACACUACGCCACUGGUCGAGGAAGAAUUGUAAUCGCGAAAAAUUUCGAAAACGAGAUAUUAUGAUUUUGGAUGUUAUAUGACAUACACAUCACGAAAAACAAUGUCACUCAUUUCCACUGGUCUGUCUGUCCGCUAAUCCUUGACCCGUCUGUAACUUGCAAAGUACUGCUCGGAUUUGGAUGUAAUUUAAUGUAAUCAGUGGCGUCGGAGAAAGACCAAAAACGAAAAAAAUAAAUAACGGCCAUCCUCGAUUUUUUGACGUUUCAGAGGAUCCUAAUCUUUUUUUAAAACAUUAUAAAUGGUCAAAAAUCAAAGGGUGGGCGAGGGAGUGUGGGAGAAAACCUUUCUCAAUUUUUUGAUGUUAGUACAUCUAUACGCUCCCAGUCCCCGGUAAUUCAUCGCACCUAUUAGCCAUAUUUCACACAUAAUAGGUUUCCCCAUUUAUUUGUGGUUAAAACUUGAUCGAGGAAUAUUUUUGAUAUGAGCCUCCUUCGAUUAUCACAACUUCCGCUUGUACCGGGGCGGUGCUUCGGUGGACGCUGCCUCGUCUGACGAUAUGGGAAGGGACAACGUUGCCAGAUGGACGGCAACUACUGGAAGGACAGGGAAAGAAUGUCUGGACUAACCCCCUUCUUAGGACAGUACAGAAACGAGUGUGACGCUGUUUAUUAUUUCAUUUCAAUUAGGAAUGGAAAUAGUAUACCUAAUCUUAGCUAGUUGCAGUCAGAAUGAUAAAUAAGAAGUGACUGAGUAUCUAUUCUAGCAAGAUAUACAAAUUUGAGUGGCAAGCCAUUUUUAGGUUCCAACCAAAUAACUUAAGGUGAAUGUCACGAUCAGUAUUUACUGUGAUCUGUCAGAAUUUAUUAUGGAAUGUGAUCUUUAUUGGCCGCGUAGAUAGGGCAUCAGUAAUUAUUGAUGUGUAAGGUAAUGUAGAAAUCCACUGUUGUUGAUGGAGAGAUCAGUAAAUACUGAUGGAACGAACCACAGUAUAUACUGAUUGUAUGACAUUCGCAAUAGCUUUAUUCAAAUACUGGUACUUGAAGGUUAGACACAAAAAAAUGCACACGAAUUAUGUAUGAUAAUGAAAUACACGUAGAAUGAAGUAUAGUGUUAAUAUAGCUUAUUUUUGUUAUAUACUUUAUUUUUAUAUUUUUGUUCAUUGUAUUGUUUUGUGACGUACGUAAAUACUUCGUUGGGUUCAUUUCAUUCUUUAUUUCAUUAAACUGCGAUUUGUUACUUCAUGGUAUCUAACACGUGUUCUGAACACUUUAAGACAAUAAUUGUUUCUGAACAGUUUUGAUACCUAUUACAAAAGGACAGUUCCACUAUUAGGGAUUCUAGGGAUUGAUUGUUGUAUUUCAUAACAUCUGAUGCCUAGAACAUGUGAUGCAGUCGAUUCAUUGCUUUUGUUUUCAAAAAAAUAUAUUAAUUGGGCUUUUUAUGUUUAAAAAACUGAUAGAGUAGUGCCAUAGAACUUUGAGUAUAGAACUUCAUUUUUGGAUAUUUCUUUCUAUGUCCUUCCUAGAGCCCAAUUAGUAUUUUUCAUCAUUCACAUAUCAAAAAGCUGCAGUUUAUCUGAAAUGCAUUAUUGCUUCUUUCGCUCUUUCUGUUUUUUCUUCAAAAUUGGUGAAAUUACCUUAAGUGAAGUGUGUAAAUAACAUUAAAGUAUAAUGUCAUGUCUAAUAGUAGUAACAUCCUUGGGUCACUUUAUGAGAAAUUGAAAAGAUUCCAGCAGCCAUAUGGAUAAUUCUAAGGAUGGCUUAUGAUUAGUAGGGCAGUAUUUUAGCCUUCUUGUGUACGAAAGUUCUGACAACAUAUAUGUAUUACAGCUUAACAAUAUCCAAGUAUGUCAUAUGUACUUUAAAUUUUGUUUUAUAAAUGGAAAUGAAACAAAAAAAUAAAAUUAUGUUUUCAUGCAGUGGACAUAUUCAAACAUUAUUGACUUGCAUAUUAAAUAUUUUACUUUGUCGGUUGGUAAAUAUAAUAUAGUUUUUUUUUCUGUAACAGCUUUAUUUUCACAGUUUUCAUUGUUCAUAGCUCUCUCUAAGAAAAUCAAAAUCAUUUGAAUAGUUUGCAUUUGAAUAAUCGUGAAUGCUCCAAAAAUAAUUUUCAAAGGAUAAUACUGUUAAGUAUAGGAUAUGGUUUCUAAUUGUAUUAUCCUACAUCUCACAGGGGAUAUAAGAUUGCCCUAAAAUGAUAUUGCCCCAAAUAUAUUCUCAAAAAAUUAGUUUUGUACCCAACAAUACAAAAUAAAAAAUGGUUGACAUAUAAUCGGGAAUAGAUUUUUAUUUUUUACAUUUGCUGGAAUAUUUUGUGAAGGAAUGCAAAACCUAUCAGAGAAGGGUAAUACCUUUGCCAGAACAGCUGCAGAGACAGCAAACCAAUGGUCGUUUCAGAUAGUUUAGGUAUACUGCAUAUUUUUGUGUUUUUAACAAUUAACGUUCCAAAUUUGCAUGUUUCCAUAUUUUCGAUCACACGUAGAACUGGGUUUUCUUGGAAAAUUAAGGCAAUCUUGUAAUGUGUUCAAAAACUAAUUAACAGAUUGACACAUUGCUGAGAAAUCUGCUGAAGAACAAGUUUAGUUCUUCUCCUGAAGAGGUAGCACUUUCGCUGCUUAAGAUUGGUUAAAUAGUUCAGAUUGAUUCGUGCAAUAGUUUUCUGAAUUUUGUAAUGGUUAAUCUUGGAUAUCUUUUUUGCAACAGCGUCGCCCUAUAUAGCAAUGAAGCUGCAACGUUUUCUUUAUACAUUGCGGGAAAGGAAGAUAUAUUCUAUGAGCUGUUUUUCUUGAGAACAAGGCGUUCAGCCUCUGACUAGCAAUUUAGAUCAUUGCAAUCAAAUUUUAUUCAAAAAACUUUUCUUGUAUGUGAGGACGCUAAUUUCGUACCAUAACACAUUACUUAGGAUGAAUUGAUGGUAUGAUCGUAAUUACUAACUGGGUCAGGAUUGAGCUAGAACAAUUUGUUUAGUUUCCAAAAAAUACUGGCGUUUGGAUAAAAGAAUUUUUCUGUAAGCAAGCGUAACAAAAUCUAUUUAUAACUUAACAAUAAAAUUCUUUUGGGACGAGACUUAACGGUGCUAAAUAUUAAUUUUUGUAUAUUUCACAGCGAACUCAAAGAACAUCGUAGACUCAGAGUUAUACAGUGCGUCGAUGUUACAAAGAAAGAUGUCUAGUUUAAACAAAAUAGUAAUUUGUGAAAAUUAUCGCAUAAAUCAACUUGAAUUUUUCUCUUGAAUAUCAAAAAUGCCAGAUCCACAGGAGAUAACUAAAUUAUUGGCUUUUAUGGCCAUUAUGAACCGAUUUCCAUACAUGAUUGUAUGUGAAAAAAAAAUUUAAAGUAAAACCUCAUUGGAUUUUCUGCAGGUUUUGUAUAAAUUCCGAUUAUAAUGAUGUAGCUAUAGUAUCUGAAAUGACCAUUGGUUCGCUGUCUCUGCAACUGACCAGAACCAGGCUUCAUUUUCUUAUUACACUAUAUAGUUAUAUAUCCUCUUGCCUGUUAGUAUCUACGAAGUAAAACCGUUAUUAUAAUCCAUAUAUGCAUGUACUCGGAAAUUGUAAAACUUACAAAUUCGGCCUUCAGAGCCAUUAUCGAUGUAAAUAUUAGUCCAUUGAGAGUUUUUAACAUAUGUGAAUUCUUGCUCGAUAAGUACAGACAGGAAAACUACAGAUUUAGUCUCUAGUAAGAAAUAUUUGAGUAUAGUUUUCGGCUCCACGUCUCAAGUGUAGUUCCGUUUUUUGACAACAGGAAAUGGAGUGAAAAGUUGUAUGAGCUAUUGGCAACAAUCUAUACGGUUGAAUAGCAAAAUGAGAUAUGUUCAAUUUAAUAGCAUAGUGACCAGUGUGUCUAAAACUUUUUUUGUUAAAGUCCUGCGAGAUAAAUCCUCCAUAUAUAAAAACAAGGGCAUACUCAGAAGAUUUGUAUUCAUUGUAUCAAACAAAUCAUUCUUAACACAUUAAUAACUGAAGCAGUAGCUAACAGAAGUCUGUACUCGAAAUCUACACAUAUACAGAAUGUUUAUAAAACAGGGACAACAUUUCAAGGUGUUAUUGUUUCGUUUUGGAGAUACAGGCUUGCGAAACACGGCACCAAAAUACUAGGUUAGGGCUAGCCCGUCCCAGGCGGGCUAAAUGAGGCAAUCGUUUUUCAUGGGUUUUCAUGUUAGACCAUUAUACUUUAUUGUUCAAAAGUAUUUGAAAAAAAAGAUUUUCAUUAACGCCCUUUUGUGUAUCUUUGAAACAAAGCACUAUCUCGAAAGAGAAAAAAAUUGUAUGAAUAGUUUUUGUCUCAUGUUUUGGAAACACGAUGUAUAAAUGCUUUUAAAACUGUUUUGUAGAAUAAUUUGAUGAUGCAAUAUAUUUACACCGAAGUGCCUCCACAUAUUAUGCUAUAAUUACUUGGUAAAUAUCAAUGAUUUUAAUGAAUCUUUCAUGUAAAUUAACAAGUAGACCAUAAGUUGUGAUAGAUUCCAAAAGAGGAUUUAGGUUAAAUGGUAUAUAAUAAAGUUACGAUUGUUUUAACAUAUUUUUUAAGUGGGUCAUCACUUUUAUGUACAUAUACUAAGUGCUCAGCUCUUCAAAGAUAAAAAUGAAAUUGUGGUGGUGUAUAAAAUGUGUUUUUGUUGAUACAUCUGUUUAAAUGGUUUUGGUAAUAAAAAGUUUCUGACAG